AAAUAAAUAUUUACAGUUUUUGCGCUGGUUGACGCAGAUUGUGACCUUAAAAAGCUUAAUCCAGCUGAUAUCACUCAGACAAACCGUCUCUUUGCAUACGAACGCAAUGAUCAACUACAUCUGUUGCGUACGGAUGUAAUUCCUAACGGCCAAGUGUUGAAAAUGGUUUGCACAUCGAAUGAUGUGAAGGACACCACUUGCAAUGGAAAUGGUUUGUUAGUUCCGCCAUUGCCCUUUGACGAUUGCACAAGUCAGCCCAAGGCAACUGCGGAAGUAGUUCAAGAUAAAAGCUGCCCACAUAAAAUGUACCGUGUGGGCUAUAAACUGGAUGAUGGACAGUUUUUGGAGCUAUACAGAAGUUGUUAUGAUGUUGAACAUUUAACAGCGCAUUUUGUCAAACAUUCUGUUUAUCCAAACACGCUGAGCAUAGCUCGUCCUCCACAGGGCUUUACCACAGAUCGCGUGAUUUCCGGCAAUCAGGCCGCCUCUUUCGAGGCCAGUAGAAUAUAUUCGCGCUUCGCGUCUCUGCUGGGACAACAACAGGGAUUUGUUAAAUCUAAAAGGGACAUGGUAUUUGAUCGUGGCCAUCUAGCCCCCUCAGCUGAUUUUAAUUUUGGGGAACAUAUGUCUGCGACAUUUAAGUACAUCAAUCUGGUGGCUCAGUAUCAAGGCGUCAAUCGUGGCAACUGGAAAACCAUCGAGACCUGGAUACGCAAACAGGCUAACAUGGGCCCCUAUCGAGAGCUGCAGGUGUGCACUGGAGGAUUGGGCGUACUGCAGCUGCCAGACAGCAGUCAAGUUCCGACAGCGAUUUAUCUGGAAGGCACAAAUAGUAAUCCCGUACCCAAAUGGCUAUUCAAGAUUGUUAAAGACGUUGCCGCCACUCCCCCCGCUCCCAUUCACAUCGCUAUUCUCACCUACAACAAUAUUGAAAACACCGGGACAGUGUCACCACCUUGCCAGCAGAUUCUAUGUCCUUUCGCCAACGUACUAAACUCUGACGGGAAGAAAGGUCUCACCUUUUGCUGCGAUCCUAAAGAAUUUAUCAGGAACAAUGUACCCCAUUUGGAAAAUGUCUGCUGA